AGGGGGCGUCCGGAGACAAACCCAGAGAGGCGUUCGGUGCGCGGCGCGUGCGCGCGGCUAGGCGGGGUCACGUGCGCGCGCCGGGCGGUGGACACCAGGCCGACGUCCCAGGUCUAAUCGCCUGCGACCGGCGGGGAAAGAGGCCGAGCGUGUCCUCGAGCUCGCGCACCGGGGCCCGCCCCUCGCACCUGCGGGCGAGCUGGGCGGGGCCGGGGCGGGGCCGCGCUGUCUCCGCCCACCCGUCCCGAGCUCCCGGAGCUCCGGCGGAACCGAGCAGCGAGGCCCCAACGGCCAGGAGAGCGACGAGGCGAGGCGAGGCGAGGCGCGGCGCGGCGCGGCGCAGACAAUGGAAGCGGCAUUGGCGAAGGCCGCGGAGCUCCGGGCCUGGCGAGGACCGGAGGCCGCGCCAUGAGCCCCGCAGCCGGACGCCCCGCUGCGCCGCGCGCGGGCCGAGGCGAGCGGCCUCUGCGAGCCCUGGGCCGCGCCCUGGGGCUGGCGAUGAGCUGCCGAGGCUGAGGAUGAUGGUAGAUUGCCAGAGCUCCACGCAGGAGAUUGGGGAGGAGCUGAUCAACGGGGUCAUCUACUCCAUCUCCCUGCGCAAGGUCCAGCUACACCAAGGAGCCACUAAGGGCCAGCGCUGGCUAGGGUGUGAGAACGAGUCGGCUCUGAACCUCUAUGAGACCUGCAAGGUGCGCACGGUGAAGGCUGGUACUCUGGAGAAGCUGGUGGAACACCUGGUGCCUGCCUUCCAGGGCAGUGACCUUUCCUACGUCACUGUCUUCCUGUGCACCUACAGAGCCUUCACUACCACCCAGCAGGUGCUAGACCUGCUGUUCAAAAGGUACGGUAGAUGUGACGCCCUCACGGCCUCCUCUAGAUAUGGCUGCAUCCUCCCCUACUCCAGUGAGGACGGCGGACCGCAGGACCAACUCAAAAAUGCCAUCUCCUCCAUCCUGGGCACCUGGCUGGACCAAUACUCAGAGGAUUUCUGUCAACCUCCGGACUUUCCCUGCCUCAAGCAGCUGGUGGCUUAUGUACAGCUCAACAUGCCUGGCUCAGAUCUGGAGCGCCGCGCUCACCUUCUCCUGGCCCAGCUGGAGGACCUGGAGCCCAGUGAGGCUGAGUCUGAGGCCCUGUCCCCAGCUCCAGUGCUGUCUCUGAAGCCAGCUUCACAGCUAGAACCUGCACUGCUGCUGACGCCCAGCCAAGUGGUGACAUCAACUCCAGUACGAGAGCCCGCUGCGGCCCCAGUGCCAGUGCUGGCCUCCAGCCCAGUGGUGGCACCAGCUCCUGAGCUAGAACCAGUUCCAGAGCCACCUCAAGAGCCUGAGCCAUCCCUAGCACUGGCUCCAGAGCUGGAGCCCGCCGUCUCACAGAGCCUGGAACUGGAGUCAGCUCCUGUGCCCACUCCUGCCUUAGAGCCUUCCUGGUCUCUGCCUGAAGCCACGGAGAAUGGACUAACCGAGAAGCCUCACCUUCUGCUGUUCCCUCCUGACUUGGUGGCUGAACAGUUUACUCUGAUGGAUGCAGAACUAUUCAAGAAAGUCGUGCCCUACCACUGCCUGGGCUCCAUCUGGUCCCAACGGGACAAGAAGGGCAAGGAGCACCUCGCGCCUACCAUCCGCGCCACUGUCGCCCAGUUCAACAACGUGGCCAACUGUGUCAUUACUACCUGCCUUGGGGACCAGAGUAUGAAGGCUCCGGACAGGGCCCGGGUGGUGGAACACUGGAUCGAGGUGGCCAGGGAGUGCAGAGCGCUCAAGAAUUUCUCCUCCCUCUACGCCAUCCUCUCUGCUCUACAGAGCAAUGCCAUCCACCGCCUAAAGAAGACGUGGGAAGAGGUCUCCAGGGACAGCUUUCGAGUGUUCCAGAAACUGUCGGAGAUCUUCUCUGAUGAGAACAACUACUCCCUGAGCAGAGAGCUGCUCAUCAAGGGAGUCAUCCAGGGCACCGUUCCCUACCUGGGCACAUUCCUCACUGACCUGGUGAUGCUGGACACUGCCAUGAAGGACUAUCUCUAUGGGAGACUGAUCAACUUUGAAAAGAGAAGGAAGGAGUUCGAAGUCAUUGCCCAGAUCAAGUUGCUACAGUCAGCCUGCAACAACUACAGCAUUGCUCCGGAAGAACACUUUGGAACAUGGUUCCGAGCUAUGGAGCGACUCAGUGAGGCUGAGAGCUACACCCUGUCGUGUGAGCUGGAGCCCCCGUCUGAGUCGGCCAGCAACACCCUGAGGAGCAAGAAAAGCACAGCCAUUGUCAAGCGCUGGAGCGACCGCCAGGCUCCCAGCACGGAGCUCAGCACCAGUAGCAGUGCCCACUCCAAGUCCUGUGACCAGCUUCGGUGCAGCCCUUACCUCGGCAGCGGGGACAUCACCGACGCGCUCAGUGUGCACUCAGCUGGCUCUUCCAGCUCUGAUGUGGAGGAGAUCAACAUGAGCUUCGUCCCAGAGUCUCCUGAUGGCCAGGAAAAGAAGUUCUGGGAGUCAGCCUCCCAGUCGUCCCCAGAGACCUCUGGCAUCAGCUCCGCCUCCAGCAGCACCUCCUCUUCGUCAGCCUCCACCACGCCCGUGUCUACCACGCGCACCCACAAGCGCUCCGUCUCAGGGGUCUGCAGCUACAGCUCCUCACUGCCUCUCUACAACCAGCAGGUGGGCGACUGCUGCAUCAUCAGGGUCAGCCUGGAUGUGGACAACGGCAACAUGUACAAGAGCAUCCUGGUGACCAGCCAGGAUAAGGCUCCGACUGUCAUCCGAAAAGCCAUGGACAAACACAACCUAGAUGAGGACGAGCCGGAGGAUUAUGAGCUGGUGCAGAUCAUCUCAGAGGAUCACAAGCUGAAGAUUCCAGAAAACGCCAAUGUGUUCUAUGCCAUGAACUCUACCGCCAACUAUGACUUCAUCCUAAAGAAGCGGACCUUCACUAAGGGGGCUAAAGUCAAGCAUGGAGCCAGCUCCACCCUCCCUCGUAUGAAGCAGAAGGGACUCAGGAUUGCCAAAGGCAUCUUCUAAGGACGUCUCCUGGGACGGGCUGACUGGCUGGAGACUAAGCACUUACAGACUAGAGUGGCCCUGGCCACACAGGUACCUCUGCCCACCUGCCAGUCCAGGCUACCCCCCUACUCCACUUUCACCCUGAACCUCUCCUGCUGCCGGGAUUGACACCUGCCACUGACAGGCUGACCUGGCCUCUGGGGACCACUUGCCGCCUUCGGUGCCUUCUGCUCUCUGAAACCAGAGGACUAGCUGACUUUUGCCAAGGAGUGUUGCCAACUGGGCAUGGGACCUUGCCUGCCCUGGACACUAUCCACCACACUUUGCUGACACCUCCCCAGGUGCAGAUCACUGCCACCCAUGCUCCCGGAUGCUCCAGGACACACAUACACCCAGCAGGGCUGCCGACUGCAUUCUCUCCUUGUGCCCACAGGCACUGGCCUGGGACUUUCAUGGAGGUCCUAGCCUUUCCUCCCACACUCUAGCCUUUCUCAGGCUGCACCAAAGAUUCCACCUUCAGGGCCUACAGAGUGAGGGAGCCUCGCCCACCAGGAGCCCAAGCCCUCCCUUGGAUCAGAGAGAGAAGCCCUCUCGUGAACUGCCCGGUUGGUAUUGAAUCCCAGUCCACUGAAAGUGCCAUUGACCACCGCUGCAUCCGGGCUGUACAAGACGACACGCAGUGGGAGGUUUGUGGGGAGGAGGAAGACAACUGAACAUUUGUAUAAAACGUAAAAAGUUUACUGAUUGGGGUGGGACAAUAUUUAUUUGUUGUAAAUAGAAAAUGCUAGACUUGAAUAUUAUAUUAAAAUCCCGUUUCUACUACG